AUGAGCUUGGAUUUCACGGUUCGUUUGUUGAGUGAGAACAACAAGAAAAGAUCGACGGUGUUCUCACCAGCCGCUCUUGGAUGUGCACUGGCCACCGUGCACUAUGGAGCUGAUGGAUGGACGCAGAGAGAGUUGAAUGAUAUUCUCUUUCGAGGCCAUUCUCCUUGUGAUGUCACCAAGUUUUACAGUGACAUCGCCGUGGAGAUUUGCCAAGAGAAUCCGUACAUCAAAGCCAAGAUGAUGAAUCAUCUACUCUUGAGGAAAGAGUUUCAAGUGAACGAAAAAUGGCAGAGUGAGGUCGGUUCUCGAUUCGGGGCCACGGUUGAGACGGGAAACUUCAAGGCGGCUCAUGAGUUGGCUAGGGCUGUGAACGAGCGAGCCCGUGCGAAGACGAUCGGAAAAUGCCAGGAGAUUGUGUCGCCUAGCAACUUUUCCACUCCGAAAAACCUGACCUCGAUUCUCAUCAAUUGUGCCUCAUUCAAGGGUCUCUGGCCAAGAGGGUACUACAAGCCGAGAUUUCUCGAAUUCUACGGUGACAACGAAACAAGAAAGGUAUUGUUUCUUCAAAAGACGUUGAACAAUGCGUUGUGCAACUUCUCGCAAGCUGGUGUUCAAGUUGUCGGGAUCUCGUUCAAAGAUUACAACUACAAGCUGUGGAUGUUCCUGCCGGAUAAGAGUAUUUCAUUGAAAGAGUGGAUCGAUUCGUUGAACGCGACUUUCUUGGAGUAUCUCAUUGAGGGAGCCGAAUGGAAGGCUUGCCAUGUGAAGUUCCCCAAGUUCAAGACGGAGAACCACAUUCCGACAAAAAGGAAUCUCCAGAAUCUUAAAUUGAAUCAAAUCUUCACUGAACGGGCUCGUUUGGAGAAGAUCUGCCAUCCAUCGACGUACAUCACCGACAUUGUGCACAAAUGUCAUGUUGAGAUUGAUGAGGAGGGUGCAGAGCCGGUCGUUGUUCAGCAUCAUGCUUCCUCGGGCUCUCGUCUCACCAAUGUCCGGGUCAAUCCAUCAUGUGGUGGUGGCGGACCAAGAUGUUUACGUUACGACCAAGAUGGACAAGGCCAAUUCGAUGAUUAUUCGAAAGAGAACAGUCCAACUCCAUUCAUCAAUUCUGACACAAAUGUGCCCAUCUUUGUGCCCCGGACAUUGACACCAGCAGCUCCAAAAGUCUCCAUGAAAGCCCCGAAGAUUCCGAUUGCACUGCUUGGGAACUGGGUGAACAAUCAGCCAAAACCGGCUCAAAAUGGGACUACACCUCAGGCGACCAAGCCAUCCAAGUCCACCCAGCCAGUCCAAUCAUUUCAACCACAAAAAACAAAACAACGCUUUGGCCCAUAUCGUCCUCCAAUUGAGGAGUUCAUCGCCGACCGUCCAUUCAUGUACCUGAUCACUUUCCGUGAUAAGGUUCUGUUCACUGAGAUGAGCUUGGAUUUCACAGUUCGUUUGUUGGUUGAGAACCACAAGGAGGAAUCGAGGGUGUUCUCGCCGGCCGCUCUCGGAUGUGCACUCACCACCUUGCACUAUGCAGUCGAUGGAUGCACGCACAUAUGCAAAAUUUCAUCGAUAAAGACUAGUCCAAAAGAUGCAACGAAGAGCGGAGACGACUCG